GUUGGAUGGAACGCCAAACGGAGCAGCCAUUCAGAGAUCGAGACUCUUGAUAUCUGACCCGACAGCGACUUGCUUGUGAUGCCUGACGAUGUCCCGACGCUGCCCCGGUUGCUCUGCUGACCCCUUGUUGGAGGGAUGGGAAGAGGAGAGGAGGGUUACCAGAGAAAAGCAUCAGCUGAACAAAGGCGAAAGCGGCCAGGGCGGCGGGAACAGAGCGAACUGAGCGAGACACAGCGCCCGCUCCCCCGUUGCCCGUCAAUUGCCCGCCAAGUACUGAUGGAUCACUCAGGCAGCUCCCGGUGCGCCGUCACGUGGAAAUGGCGAUACCGAGCAGAGCUACCUGCCCAAGAUAGCAACCCAUGGACAUGCAGCAAACAGCCCGGUCCGGGGGCAUAUUCUGUCAGAAGUGAUAUAUAGUCAUCUCCAUCUCCCCCGACUCCUCCAGGUCAGGUCCCCGUGCCCCAGGUCAUUUUGUUUCGACCACAUCUGGAGACGAGACCGGCCCUCUUUCCCCCGACCUUUUCUUCUCUUUUCGGUGACUUUGUUCUUGUUGUGCUCGCUCGUCGUCUGACACGUCCAUCAACACAAAACGGACGUACCACACACACGAUGGCAGGCGGUGAGCUUACGGGCAACAGCACCGGAGCCCCUCCGCAAGCUGGUGUCCUCGAGGGCGUCAACCCGAUUGUGUAUACGCCUUCCAACCCCAUCACUCUUUUCAUCGUACAGGCCAUCAUUGUCAUCAUCUUCUGUCAACUACUAGCUUAUCCGCUACGAUGGCUUCACCAACCUCGUGUUAUCGCCGAGGUUCUCGGCGGCAUUCUGUUGGGCCCCACGGUGAUGAUGAGGAUACCCGGGUUUGAGGCCGCAAUCUUCCCGCCUGCGUCUAUGCCAGUCUUCAACAAUGUCGCCAACCUCGGUCUCAUCAUUUUCUUGUUUCUCGUUGCGUUGGAAGUAGACAUCCGUCUCUUCACGCAAAAUUGGAAGGCCGCCCUAAGUGUAGGCAUGGCCGGCAUGAUCUUGCCCUUUGGCCUUGGCUUUGCCAUUGCCUGGGGUCUGUACAAGGAGUUUCACGUCGACGAAGCUAUUGGCUUUGGCGUCUUCGGAUUGUUCAUCGGUACAGCCCUUGCGAUCACUGCCUUCCCCGUCCUCUGCCGCAUUCUCUCCGAGCUGAACCUCCUCCGCUCGGGUGUCGGUGUCACCGUUCUGGCUGCCGGCAUUGGAAAUGACGUGACAGGCUGGGUGCUUCUCGCGCUCUGCGUCGCCUUGACCAACAACAGCAGUGGCUUGGCCGCGCUCUGGGCCUUGCUCUGCUGCAUUGGCUGGACUCUGUUCCUCAUCUUCGCCAUCCGGCCACCCUUCAUUUGGAUCCUCAAGCGGACCGGAAGCUUGCAUAAUGGCCCUACCCAGGGAAUGGUUGCGCUGACCUUGCUCAUGGUUCUGGCCUCCUCUUGGUUUACUGGUGGGUUGGUAUCAUAUCCCGAGGAUCCCAUACAUACGCUAACUGGACCAGGAAUCAUUGGUGUUCAUCCCAUUUUUGGAGCCUUCCUGGUGGGACUGAUCUGUCCCCACGAUGGCGGUUUCGCUAUCAAGCUUACUGAGAAGAUUGAGGAUCUUAUCUCGGUCCUCUUUCUCCCUUUGUACUUUGCCCUGUCUGGGCUGAAGACCAACCUAGGUCUUCUCAACGAUGGUAUCACAUGGGGUUACUGCAUCGGGGUCAUUGCCUGCGCCUUUGCUGGUAAGAUCAUUGGUGGCACCCUCGCAGCUCGCGCCAACAAGCUGCUCUGGCGUGAGAGUUUCACUAUUGGCGCCCUGAUGUCUUGCAAGGGUCUCGUCGAGUUGAUCGUGCUUAACAUUGGUUACCAGGCAGGUAUCCUGUCCGAAACCACCUUCAGCAUGUUCGUUGUUAUGGCUUUGGUCACAACCGUAGCCACGACCCCCAUGACAAAGCUGCUGUAUCCCAAGUGGUACCAAACUAAGGUUGAGCGAUGGAGAAAGGGUGAGAUCGACUGGGACGGCAACGAGUUGAACCCCUCUGAGAGCCUGCAGGGCGGUCUCAAGAAGGGCGUCGACUCUCAGAUCCGCCGUCUCAUGGUUCAUCUCCGUCUCGACAGUCUCCCCAGCCUCUUCACCUUCAUCACCAUCCUCAGCCCCGAAAGCGUCACCAAGAAGCAGGUCGAGCCCGAAACCCCUGAUGCCGAGUCCACCGAGGUCAUCAUUAAGAAACGUCCCCUGGAAGUCCACGGUAUGCGCAUUCUCGAGCUCACCGACCGUACCUCAUCCGUCAUGCACCUCACCGAAGGCGAAGACUUUUACUCUCUCCGCGACCCCGUGGUCAACGCCUUCCGCACCUUCUCCCAGCUCCACGACGUCGCCGUCUCGGGCCGCGUCGCCGUCGUCCCCGCCGACUCCUACGCCGAAACCCUCAUGACCCAAGCCCACGAAGUCUCCUCCGACUUCGCCCUGAUCCCCUGGGGCGAAAGCGGCUCCAUGUCCGAAGACCAGUCCUUCCCCGUCACAGCCGACACCAACGAGCGCUUCAAAUCAUUCACCCAUCUCGACUUCAUCAGCCAGACCCUCGAGAAAGCCUCCGCCAUCUGCAACGCAGGCAUCUUCAUCGACAACGGUUUCGGCGGCAUCACCAAGCCCGUCGACCGCCCCGAGCUCCAACGCACCAAAUCCGCCAUCUCCAUCCGCAACCAAGCCGGCGUCGCCGUCCUCCCCGUCGCCAACAAGUCCCACCACGUCUUCUUCCCCUUCUUCGGCGGCGCCGACGACCGCGUCGCGCUGCGCAUCGUUCUUCAACUAGCCAAGAACCCCCACGUCUCGGCCACCAUCGUCCGGAUCAACAGCAGCGAAAAAGAAAAACUGUCCUCCACUGCCAAAUCCGCUGCUGCGUCGACCACCACGACGGAAGACAACAGCGAGACCAACAAGACUGCUGUCUCUUCUUCUCCCGUCUCUGGAACUGACGUUGAGGAUGGUGCGCUUUACGCCACGCUCAAGAGCUCUCUCCCGGAAGACCUCGCUACUAGGGUGAAUUUCUCUGAGGCGGAUGUCCCCGCUGGGAAGGAGGAGCUCAAGGAGAUUAUCCUGCUUGCUCAACAAGCGGUGGGCAACACGAGGGACAAUGCCGGUGAUGUUGUCGUUUUGGGCCGACGCAAUGCCACGAAGGGGUUUGCUGAGGUCGGUGGGAGCAGCAGUAGCGCGGCUGGUGGCGGGGUGCCGGACCUGAAGAAUACCGUUGGGGAGGUGGCGGAGAGGUUGAUCACCACGGGGAUCAGGGCUAGUUUGUUGGUUAUUCAGGCUGGAGGGCGGGGGCAGGCUUGAUGAGUCUUGAUGAUGGUGAUGAUGAUGACGAUGGAUGUUGAGGUUAAUGAUUGUGUGAUGGAUGUUUGGGAAUGAUUACAUGUAUAGGAUGGAUGGGAUGAAUGGUUAUAGGUCACAGGGUCAUGCUCUCGGACACUACAACUGAUGGUAAUAUGGGAAUAGGAGCGUGAUACCCCCUCUUUCGUUUUUGGGAUUAUGUUGGGUAUAUAGGUCAUGGUUUAUGGGUAGCGAUCUAGUUUGCAUACAUAACGAGUGGUUUGUUUGUAUCCUCUGAUUUGUUAUAGCUGUUCCCGGAGCAGUCAAAUCGCCGACCAUGCCACUUUUAAGAUUCCGCCAACGACUUCACACACGCCUGCUGAAACACACGAAAAGGAAAACACUUUCUCUUCUUUUUUU